UCUCAAUCUUGUUUCAUGUCUCUAUAUGUUUUUAUGUCUAUUUAUAGUUGAUCUUGGUGUGUGUUGGCGACUAAUAAUUUUUGCAAAAAUUGCUGCAGAUUAUUCGUGAACAAUACUGCAGUGUAGGCCUAAUUUUCUUGUGGCAAUAUCGAGAAUUUGCACUUUCGUUACAGACUGGAGAGUUGACGAUGGCAAUAUCUUGACGGCUAACAACUUAGGCCGGAUAUGUGGCAGGCACCAAUCAAAUCUUGCGGUUUCGACAGUCACUAAGACCUCGCAUGAAUACAGAGAUUAGCGUUUUCGCAACAAAGGGAUUUUAUUUUCCAUUGUCUUUCUGUCAAAUUCAUCAAACCCACGUUGGUUGUGAAAUCCAUAUACGGGUAAUAGAUUUGAGAUCUGUCACUUCUUUGCAUUGGAUCUUUUGGCCAUCUUGUGGAUGCUGGUGGAUAUGGAUGUUUUGAAAAUCCGUGGAUUUUCCACCGUCAAAUAGUGCCGAAAGAAGAAUGAGGUAAUAGCGAAGUAGGUGUCCAUCGGUGUGCAAAGUUGGUCGAAGAAGUCAGGCAUCAUGGAGAGCAGUGGACCAGAACCAAAGAGGAUGAAAAUUGGGGAUGACCAGGAUAUAGUUGUACUGGAUGAUGUAAGAAAACCAGAUAGUGUGAAAGUACCAACAGCUAUUGAGGAAUGUGAAGAGAAAACACUUCCUGUUAAAGAGGGUAGAGAAAACAACAAUAAAAUUGAGAACAGUAGUUCUUCUUCCACUACUGUUAAUUCUAAUGUCACUGUUAGCACUUCAUUGGCACCUUCUGCCAAAACAGACUCAACCUCAGUCCAUUUCAGCAGUGAAAGUGCUUUAAAACCUGAUGCUACAAACCUUGAAAAAAAGCUGUCUACAACAGCAAAGCCUGAUUUUCGAGGCACAUUGCAAAAUGGAUCAGGUCAAAAACUUGAGAGCAUCAUAGACCGCCUAUGCUCAGAUCGCUCUGUCACAUCUAUUGCUGAUAACACAGAAGAACCACUUUUAUGCAGAGUAGAUGCUUCAACCCAGACAUUUCCAGAUUUUGUCAAGAUUGUAAAGAAUCUUGUAUUCAGGAGAAUGAAGCAACUAGAACAGUCGUUGAUUGGCGAUGCAGUUACUGACAGUGUAUUAAACGGCAAGCUUAUUGAGCUUCAAAAAGAAAACAGAGAUUUGCGACGAAACGCAAGAAGAUUACAAGAUAAACUCGAUGCAAUUAUACAGUCAAUUAAAACGGAUGAUAAUGUCUCGUCAUCCAAACUGAAGGAGGUUCUGGAAAAUGUCAGUGCACAGCCCAUGGCAGUAGAGACUGGGGGUGUUUCACCAAUCCGACGACAGUCAGCUGUGGUCAGUCCGUAUCAUGUACAAAAAGCCACUGGGGAAGCCAAUUUUGAAGGUAUCGGGCAUAGAGAUGCGAGACCAAGAGCAGAAGUUGUGGAAAUUUCCAGGCCAUCUUCUAAAACUUCUGCAAAUAUGAAUAUUGUGUUGAAUGAUCACGGUAAAGGUGCUGCCUCCUUUGCAAGCCAAGGGAGUCCCAUAACGAGGCAAGGCCCCCAAGUUAAGUAUGUGCCUCAGAGACUAAGCGCAGGGUCCUCUGCAGUGCCUCAUUCGCAGUUCAUCCAUCUUGGACAAAAUGGAAUGGUCAUGCAAAAAGUUGGUGGACAACGCCCCCGUGCACCUGGAAUCGAGUUUAUUGCUAGACCGCCAGGUCAAAUGAUUUAUACCACUCAACCAGUGCAGGUAACUGGUCCAAGGAUGUCCACGAUACCACCACAACCCCAGCAGGCAGGUCAACAUACCAACCAGCGGCAAAUACUUUCACCUAGUGGUAUGGGAUCAAGACUUUCCCAGCCUGGGCAAUUAUCACGCCCUGGUGGAAAUCUAGUCCGUAUGCAAGGAUCUAGUACACAAACAGUCCAUUAUAUUCCACAGAAUGUGAUGCCUGGGUUUAUCUCACAUACCAUGCCACCAAACAGCCAUCGAAUGCCUUCACAAGUAGCUCCACCUGACAUGAGACCACAGGUGCCUCUGGGCGUCCCACAGCGCGGCAUCAUCCACAGCGAAUUUCGAGCUCGUCCCGGUGCAUCUGGAGUUGCGCCUUCACAGUUACCUCCUCCACCCUAUCAAAUGACGAGAGUUCAAGUUGAAACACCGGUCCUGCCAAAGUUGCAAGUUAAUAUAACAGUGUCUGGAAAUGGAAUUGUUUUGUCCUGGGACUUUGAAACAGAGCCGCCUGCCAAUAUACCGGCGAUUGACUGUUAUCACUUGUUUGCGUCGCAAGAUAGUCCGAAUCCUCCUACAGUUAAAUCAGAGUGGAAGAAGAUCGGGGUCGUGAAAGCACUACCUUUGCCAAUGGCGUGCACUUUGACGCAGUUUGUCUCUGGUAAUUCAUAUCACUUUGCAGUGUUGCCAGUUGAUGUCAACGGAAGAGAAGGCCAGAUGAGCAACCCAUGCACCGUUCGCUUAAAUAAUUAAAGAUUCAGCUGUUUUACACACGAUGAUUAGUUCCCAGAUACUUUGUUCUGAUUAUUUUCCAGCUAAUAUUGAAAACACUGUUAAUGGCGGCUUUACGCAUAUAAUAUCAGACACCCUCUCAUACUCCUGCCGUUAUGCACUCUAUUGUAAAUUCAAACUUCUUGUUCUGAUUCAAUCAAUCAGCUGUCCAAUAGUCAUAAGAAAAAAGUGCCCUAUAUUUUUUGAUGUGAUGUGAAUAUUUUUAAAUCUAUUACACGACAAAAAUUUUAUGUUAGCCAAAGUGCCGACUUUCUAAUGUUUGUAUUAUUAUCAUUUUAGAUUUCAAGUGUAAAAAGGUUUCUAACUGUUGUCUUGGUAUAGCUUGCUUAAUAUAUCGAAUAAAUCUUCACCGUCAAAGUAUGAUAAUCAAUUUUAAUGAAAAGUGUUUUGGGCUUUCGAUAAUUUUCGGUAGAACUAGUUUUUGUCUAUUUCCUAACCUUUAUUGCAGAAUCCUUUGCGACAUGAAAAAUUUGUCGGCAUGAAAAAUUUUAGCCUGAUUACCAGACCCCGAUUUCAAAGGAAAUGGCUAUUUUUCUUUGAAAUCGGAGGGUCCGGUUAUCAAGCUAGAUAAAUCUGAGCCACGACCAGGGGCGGACACUUGGUCAAAUAUUGGGGGGGGGGGCCUAAUGUUUUAAUAAGAUGACGUCACAUUUCCCAUUGUUUUAGAACACAAGACCAUUGUCGUCUGAAGUAUUGGGGCGGUAGCCUCCCUGCCCCCCCCUGCCCCCCCCCCCCCCCCCCCGCGAAAACGGUAUCAUACACAAUCAAGGAUAAAAAAGUACUUUACCAAAUGACCAGAUUUUCUCGUUAGAUUUGGAUCCCAUUACAGGAAAAUUUUAUGGUGUAUCUACCCUUCUGUCGAAUUUUUAAAGUAUGAGCCAAAGACAAACAUUUUCCGUGAAAAAUGGGCCUUCGCCCCCCCCCCCUGCUCCUCUCCGCUAAUGCAAGUGUCAUAUGUUUCUUUAAGUUUACAUUAGUGAAGUACAUGUUAAAUCAGAACAUAUUGCCUAACGAAAUAUUGAAAAUGAUGUUCCAUUUAGUAUUGAAACGUUUGCAUAUCAAAUGCAAUAUUUGCUAGUGACAAGCAAAUGCUUUUCAGCGAAGCAGUGUCUCUCUAUAGCGAUUGUUUCAUGCUGUCAUCUGUUCUUGACAUCUGUUCCUGAUAUGUAAGGAUAUUGCUGAAAACAACUUGAACAAGUUACUACGCAAAGCUAUCUAGUACCAGGUUUUGUAAGUUUUGAAGCCCAAGCCGUUAUUCCUUUCGCCUGCCACUACUGUUCGUUGACAUAUCGUGUACAGCUUUAGUUAUUCUAAUAACAGAGGAAAGUAAAGUACUGGACUUCUUCAAAAUCAUCUCCAACUAAAAUGUAUUUUUCAUUUAUUCUUAACAAGUUAGACAGGAAGCUGUGCUGUAGCCACAACCAAGACCACAUCCAUGGUCACACCCAACAUACUUGCAGCUGUGUUUUUGAUUCUCUGAUGUUUUUAUGAAAUCAUUUAAACUAUUCACCGGCUCUCAAAGGAUGAUAGAAACUGGUCAUUUAUGGAAAAUCCAUAACUAAAUCAAGCAUUAGUUCACACUGCAAAGUAAAGAAUUCGCCCAGCCAAACAGAGUGCGUUGUUUAGGGGGGACCGAGCCCCUAAAAUCUCUGAAAUUAAUCGCUAAGCCCCCUCCACGGUUCCGUUGACAUGGAGAUUUAUUUUUUAAGUUUUCCUACAGAAGACUGCUUGGCAUCGGCUGUUAGCGGUCAUAAAUUUCGUCUUUUAUUUAGCAUGCCUUUUAAGCCUGAUUGGUCAAUAUCGUUCUGUCAAUCAACUGUCGUUAUAUGACCAAUCAUAUUCCGUAUCAGGUUAGUAUAGCUUUUGUGCAGUCUUUGUUUUCAAAGAGCAUGAAUAGUAUGAUGUAUUGGAGUGAGGCGAGUUUUCAGCUAUAAAAUUUUUGAUAUGUGCAA